AUGCCUAUGCGUUUAAGAGCAGAAAAGCGUAUGAGAAAGUUGCUUCUCGAGCAACUCAAGGAACGUCAGCAGCAUGGUGCUAGGAUUGCCCAGGGUCAUAAAACUAAAGAAGACUUGGUGAAGUUAAAUUUGGGACCUCAAGUAUUUGUUUUUAAAAACUUAUUCAGUGGACAGAUAUUGUAUUCACAGGUGCCAGCUUACCAUCAGGAGCAGAUAGAUGCCCAGUUUAUCAAUCCAAAUUGGCAAAAUAGAAAGCCAUCGAGAAGACAGGAUUUGUGGAAAAUAAUGUGUGUUGCAAACUUUGACAAAUAUGAAUACGCAACUGCAGCCUACCAGGGAUUACUAGAUCUCAGAAAGGCUAGGGAUGUUUCUCAAAAGAAAAUGUCCAACGAGUUGAGGAGAAAGAAUGAUGACGGUAAUGUGUGGUUUUCAGGACAGUAUAGACCAACGUAUUCACAAGAAGCAGUAGCAGAUUUAGCACAUGUUAUUGAUGAAUUCGAUUUAGAGAAAACAAAGUUAUUUUGGGAGAAUGAAUGGAGAAGAGGCGAUGAUAAAUUCUGGAGAGCUGACUUGGUGCAACAUGAUAAAUUGCCUACUUUCAAUCUCAAACAUCAGACUGUAUUGUUGGACGUCAUGAGGGCCAAGGCAGUUGAGGCUUUCGCUGAGGAGAGGGCAGCGGAGCAAGAGAAUCUGCAAGGUGAAGAAAGUUCAGAAGCAGCAAUUGCUUGA